CGCUUAGCAUUUCUUUCAAGGUGGGGGUCCGGUUGUCGGGAAAGAUGUCGACUCUCCACUGCCACUUCAAUUGUGAACCACGAGCCGGCGCAGGUGCAUGGACACUUUCUACCAGCCGCCGCAGACGAAUUAAAAAAAAUACUUCGACAAGGACCCAUCCUAUAACCUAAAAAGCACCGAGAAAUUCGACCAUUCUUUGCAUAAUAUACCGCCGAGUGCCCACCGGCGAUUUUUAUGUAAUACUCUGUAAUAAAGUGUUGUGCAACGAUCAUUUUGGCCUCAUAUUUUGGCGGCUCGCGAUAGUCCGUCGCCGUCGCCCGCCAUGGCCGCAGCGGUUGGCGCGCUUUCCUUUUGACAGUUCAGUGACGUUCCUCUACACGGACAUCGAUUUUCUUUUCUAUUACAAUCGUGAGUGCCAGUGUUAUUUAUGAAUUAGUGCAGUGAGAUUUUUUUUAAUGAAAUUCUUGACAUACACAAAAAUUAGACAAUGACGUCAUCUUAGAAAGGAUCUGUCAACAGAAUGGCCAAUAAUAAAUGUAUAAGCGUAUGCGCAGACGUGAGAGAGAUGAACAACAUCAACAAUAACCUCACCAAAGCCCAGCAGACGAACACGGGAUCGAGAGAGCGUGUGCAGAUGGACGCUACUGACUUGAACAUUAAUUGCGCCGAGUGCGCCGAAUGCAUCGACUGCGCGGGCCAGCAGAGAGUCAGCGAGCCCGCGCCCACGCCCGCCCUGUCAGACAUACAGCAGUUCUACCACGGCAAGAAUAUCCUCAUCACGGGAGCUACUGGUUUCUUGGGCAAGAUCCUGGUGGAGAAGCUGCUGCGGUGCUGCCCCGGUGUCGACAACCUCUACCUGCUGGUGCGUCGCAAGCGCGGUCAGGACAUUUACUCCCGCCUCGAGGACAUCUUCGAGGAUCCCGUGUUCGACCGGCUGAAGGCUGUGCUGCCCAAGUUCCGGCACAAGGUGGUGGGCGUGCCCGCGGACUGCGCCGCGCCCGGCCUCGGCCUCACCCUCGCUGACAGGCAGCUACUCACCGACAAGGUGAACGUGAUGUUCCACUGCGCGGCGACAGUGAAGUUCGACGAGCAGCUGCGCGCGGCGCUCGCCACCAACGUGCGCGCGCCGCUGCAUCUGCUGCGCCUCGCGCGCGACAUGCGCCAGCUGCAGGUGAUGAUGCACGUAUCGACGGCGUACUCCAACUCGCACCUGGCGCACGUGGAGGAGCGCUUCUACCCGUGCGCCGCCGACGCCGAGCGCCUGCAGCUCGCGCUCGACGACAUGACGGACGCGCAGAUCGACGACAUGCUGCCCACCAUCCUCGGCGAGUGGCCCAACACGUACACGUUCACGAAGGCGCUGGCGGAGAAGGAGCUGCGCCUGCACGCCGCCGGCAUGCCGCUCGGCGUCUUCCGCCCCGCCAUAGUGACAUCGACUGCCAAAGAACCUUUGAAGUGCUGGUUGGACAACAUGUACGGCCCCACCGGCGUCGCCGUCGGCAGCGCGACGGGCAUGCUGCGCACGCUGCAGUGCGACGCGCGCGUCACCGCCGACCUCGUGCCCGUCGACUGCGUCGUCAGCUGCCUGCUGGCCGCCGCGCGCCGCGUGCACCUCGCCUACGCCGCCAGUUCUCCGCCACCGGAGCCGCCCAUCUUCAACUACGUGAGCUCCGUGGAGAACCGCAUCACGUGGGGCGACUUUAAGCGGCACAACUUCGCGCGCAUCGACUCCCAGCCCUUCUCCAACGCAGUCUGGUACAUAUCGCUGCGGCUGACGCGCAGCGCGCGCCUGCACCGCCUCUACACGCUGCUGCUGCACCUCGCGCCCGCCGCGCUCGCCGACGCGCUCGCGCUCUGCCUCGGACACAAGCCCAAGAUGCUGAAGGUGUACAGCAAGAUCCACAAGUUCUCCGAGGUGAUCAGCUACUUCUGCACGCGCGAGAUCACCUUCUGCAACCGCCGCACGCGCCUCCUCUGGGACACCACCUCCAGCCAAGACAAAGAGCUGUUCCCGUUCAGCAUGGCGGAGGUGGACUGGGAGGAGUAUUUCGACCACUAUCUGCUGGGCAUCCGGCGCUAUCUCUUCAAGCAGUCGGACGACUCGCUGCCGCGCGCCAGGAUCAAGUGGAAAAGGUUAUACUAUCUGCAUCAGAUAGUCCGAUUUAUUUUCUUCGUGUUCGCUCUGUACGCGGUUUGGUCCAUGCUAGCCCUCAUAUGGUGACAUCACGACGACGGAGACAUUCGGGUGGCUGAAUGUUCUGCCGCCGCGCCGGCUGGAGCCCAUUGUAAAUAAAUGCGACGACCACAGAUAGUUUAAGUUCUAAUCGAAUCGGGCAUUGUCAUGUGACUUGCGCUGACUUCGAUCAACAAUACACUUGAUCCCGAAUUUACUAUACAGUAUUGUUUAUAUUAGCGCAAAGCCACACGGCAAAUACCAAGUGGAGACACAUGUACCUUUGUUACGGACUGCCUACACCUCGUCUGACAUAAGGUGAUAAGUGAAUACGUCGCACUGCGAUAAUGACGAGUGCUUUCUAAUCGACUAUUCGUCAUAGUUCCUCACCGCGGGGGCCCAGUCUACACAAGUUGAGGUAAAAUCGAUUUUGAAUCAUUUUUUCCGGUUGUUAUUCUUACAGAGAAAUAGUUGGUAGUCGUGAGUUGUAAAGUCAAUCAACUUCCAACGGGUGUACAUCAGACGAGGUGUAGUCAGCUGUAUUCUUAUUAUUUUAUUUCUGUAAGUAUAUACAUUUCAAAUUGUACAGUUGUGUUGUGCACAACAUUCAUGUUUAGUCUUGAUUGUAUUAUCAUAAAAUUUUAUAUUUAGAAAUAAUCUCUAGUAUAAUUAUUUAGU